UUUCAUACUAAUUUUCCUUAAUUGCCCCUAUUAAUUACCUUCCCAUCUACAAUUAAAACCCAUUCCUUUAUAAGCACAAAAAAAACAUUACCACUUCUCACUCACUCUCUAUCUAAUUUCAAUUGAAACGCCUUUUUAUAUUUUUUUAAUUUAGUGUGUGUUUGUGUGUGUUUAAUGGCGGUUGUACCACCUCCGUCAUCGUUGUACGUUGGUGAUCUUCAUCAGGAUGUUACAGAUGGACAAUUAUUUGAUGCAUUUUCAGAGUUUAAAAGCCUAGCUUCUGUUAGAAUCUGCCGUGAUUCAUCUACUGGACGUUCACUCUGUUACGGCUACGUUAACUUUGUUUCUCCACAGGACGCUAUACGCGCUAUUGAGGUGAAAAAUAACUCCAUUCUCAAUGGGAAAGUUAUGAGGGUUAGUUGGUCUCUGCGUGACCCUGAUGCGAGACGAAGUGGAAAAGGAAACGUUUUCAUCAAGAAUUUAAGUGAUACAGUUGACAACCUGAAGCUUCAAGAAAUGUUUCAAAAGUUUGGAAAUAUCUUAUCUUGUAAAGUUGUCACUUCUGAGGAUGGAAAGAGUAAAGGAUAUGGCUUUGUUCAGUUUGGGUCGGAGGAGUCCGCGAGUGCUGCUAUUGAGAAGCUUAAUGGGUCCAUGGUUGGAGACAAGCAGAUGUAUGUUGGUAAGUUUGUCAAAAAGACUGACCGGAUUUUGCCCAAUCCUGAUGCUAAAUAUACAAAUUUGUACUUCAAGAACCUGGACCUUGACAUCUCAGAGGAGCAUCUUAGAGAAAAGUUCUCUGGGUUUGGGAAGAUUAUUAGCUUGGUCAUUUCAAAAGAUGAGAAUGGAGGUUCAAAAGGUUUUGGAUUUGUGAACUUUGACGAUCCUGAUGAUGCUAGGAAAGCAAUGGAAGCUAUGAAUGGAUCACCAGUUGUAGGCUCCAAGACCCUGUAUGUAGCCAGAGCACAAAAGAAAGCAGAGCGCGAACAACUUCUGAAGCGCCUGUUUGAGGAGAGAAGGAAAGAACAGAUAAUGAAAUACCAGGGUUCAAAUGUGUAUGUCAAGAAUAUUGAUGAUGAUGUCUCCGAUAAUGAGCUGCGCGAACUGUUUGGCCAAUGCGGCACAAUUACUUCUGUGAAAAUUAUGCAAGAUGAAAAAGGUUUGAGUAAGGGUUUUGGAUUUGUAUGCUUUUCCACAGCAGAGGAGGCCUAUAAAGCCGUGAACGCUUUUCACGGACUUAUGUUGCACCGAAAGCCGUUAUAUGUGGCUAUUGCUCAAAGGAAAGAGGAAAGACAGGCCCAGCUACAACUAUAUUAUGCACAACGGAUUGCCGGGCUAACAGGACCUUCAGCUAUGUUUCCUGGUGCAUAUCCUCCUCUUUACUACCCAACCGCUGGUGUUGUUCCUCAGUUGCCAACACGGCCUGGGAUGAUGUAUCAGGCUCUCGGUAUGAGGCCAGGUUGGGGCACUAAUGGGUUCACAAACACCACCAGACCUGCCUUUCAACCUUCUCCAGUUCCCAUGAUCCCUAAUGCUUCUCGACAGCACCGGCAGAACAGGGGAAGGAUGAAUGGGCAUAUGUCAGCUUCGAACGUGACCAAUGCGCAGCAAUCAGGUCAAUCAGCGGUGUCAUCGAAAGAAUCUACCAAUUUUCAGCGUGGUGGGCCGGUCAAAUAUGUGCCCAAUGGUCGCGCUCGUGACAUGAACAAAGGAUCUUUUGUAUCAAAUGCUGGUUCCGCCGCUGUUGGAUCAGCUGCCGAAGGAUCUGAAAUGCUGAGUACCUUGCUUGCUGCUGCUGCUCCUGAGCAGCAGAAACAGAUACUUGGAGAGCACCUUUAUCCCCUUGUCAGUCAACAUAAGCCCGAGCUUGCUGCGAAGAUAACUGGAAUGCUCUUGGAGAUGGACAACGCUGAGCUACUAUUAUUGUUGGAGUCACCAGAAUCUUUGGUGACCAAGGUGGAGGAAGCUGUUGAGGUGCUCAAGCUCUCUAAGGCUAAAGUUUCUAGCCAAGAGUCGCAUCACCCAAGUUUUCUUUCUGCAGAAGUUGCGGUCAACUGAGCAAUGCAGCUGUGAUAUUUUUAUCUUUAGUGAAGAUAGAGGUUUCGUGGAGGUUUAGUUAAGUUAGGUUAUAGAGUAAGCUGGGUUGCUAUACGGCGACCCUCGUCUCCUUGUCUGCAUGGAGAUUCUCAUUUCUGCUUUAUCGCGGAAUAGACCAUCUCUAUUUACCUUCAUUAUGAGGGAUUUACUAGAGUCCUUAUAUGACUUUAUAUUAUACUCCUAAGUUUUAAUGCAGACCUUUUAAAAACUUUAUGA